ACUACCGGGUGCCUCCUGGCUAACGGCCGGAGACGUUUGCUAGCGGUUGCGGAGGAGCUUGCUCGCGGUACCAGCGUGUUCUCCGGGGACUCUGGUCCCGGUGGCCCGUUCGACAUGGCCGAGUACACCCAGACGGGCAUCCUGACGGCUCUGCUGCUGUUCACGGCGGUGACGGUCCGAGACAUCUACAUUGGCAGGAGGAUGAGUCAAAGCCCGGCCUCGGAGAGCCUCGGCUCGGCCGCCGACGGCCUGCGGGACCCCGAUACCCUGAAGGCGGCCAAACAAAGCAUGUACCUCGGGCCCGUGCUUAAAUUCCAGUACUGCAUCUCCUGAGGGUACAGCAAGGUGUUCCAGGAGUACUCCCGCUCCAUCAGCCAGCUGUACCCGGACAUCCGCAUCGAGGGGGAGAACUACCCUCCGACACCCCUCAACAAGUAUAUAGGUAACUUCUUCUCCUAUUUCAAGCUGCUUGCCAUCACUCUGAUUGUGAGUGGACAGAACCCAUUUCCCCUGCUGGGCGUGGCUACACCACGGGCCUGGACCUGGAGCCAGGAGAACAAGAUCUUCUCGUGCCUGAUGGCAUUCUUCCUCAGUAACAUGCUGGAGACCCACUUCCUGUCCACUGGAGCAUUUGAGAUCAUGCUCAACGAUGUCCCCAUCUGGUCCAAACUUCAGUCGGGCUACGUUCCCAACAUCCAGGAGCUCUUCCAGAUCCUUGACAACCACAUGAAGAUGAACCAGGUGGACCAGAUGGUGUUCCCUUCCUCGUAGUGCUGCUGACAAUCGGGCUCAAGACAAGCAGGUGUGCUGUGUUCUGGUGUCCUGGCUCAGUGAGACCACCUUGUCUGCUGGCGCUAAUGAAGGCCUGGCCUCAAAGCAGUCCUCUGUCUGGCCUGGCUGGAUGUCCACUGCCACAAAACAAGUGCUCCUUCUGCCCGGGUUUACACCGCUGCCACAGCCACCGUUGUCUUUGAAUAUAAGCUCUUAAAUCCGCCUGUCCUUAUCCUUGACAGAACCGGGUGAAGUUUCCUGGUUCUGUCAAACUCAUGUGCUGUCACUACAGUUGAAGUUGGGUUUUCCACAGAACUGUGGUAAACAGACGAUAUAAGUAGACGAGCGGUUGUCUUGAAUCCAUUUUGACCAACUUUUUACCAUUAUUUUAUAGUUUUGCCCUUAAUUACCCAUAUUUCUUUUGCCUCCGUUCCUAACCCGUCUGGCUCGCCUGCACUGCCUCCACAUAUGACCUGUGCUCAACAUCAGUUUGAUCCCAAAGUACUCAUAAUCCCUUGGCGGCACGGUGGCGCAGUGGUUAGCACUGUCGCCUCACAGGAAAAAGGUCCGGGUUUGAACCCCAGGGUUGUCCAACAUUGGGGGGGGGGGGGGGUCAUCCCAGGUCGUCCUCUGUGUGGAGUUGGCAUGUUCUCCCCAUGUCUGCGGUGGGUUUUCUCCGGGUGCUCCGGUUUACCCCACCAUCUAAAGGACAUGCAUGUUAGGGUUAAUACUCCUGCCUGUGCCCCUGGCCGAGGCAUGGCAAGAAGAACUGGAGUUGGUCCCCGGGUGCUGCACGGCGGCUGCCCACUGCUCCUAGCUACACAGCUGGGAUGGUUAACUGCAGAGCGUAAUUUCCCUACAGGGAUCAUUAAAGUAUAUCAAAAUUAAAAAAAAACUAAUUCAGUAAGGUGUAUUUAGAUUGAAUAUUCAUCUCAGUUUUGUUGUAUUAAGGCAUGUUUGCGUUUCCUCCGGGGGCUCCGGUUUCCUCCCACAGUCCAAAGACAUGUAGGUCAGGUGACUCACCCGUAUAAAUUGUCCCUAGGUGUGACUGUGUGUGUGUCUGUGUGUGUGUGUGUGUGUGCACCCCCACCCUGUGAUGGCCUGACGGUCUGUCCAGGGUGUCUCCCCGUCUGCCGCCCAGUGACUGCCGGGACAGGCUCCAGCAUCCCCGCAGCCCUGAGAGCAGGAUAAGUGGUUUGGAUAAUGGAUGGAUGGAUGAGUUCAGCCUAGUGUCCACAGGUACUCUACGGACGGACGGGUGUGCAUGCUAGAAAUCGAGCGCUCCAUUUGAAAUCCUGGCUUAAAUAAGAUAACUACACCCACUGGUAAAAGUUAUUUAUGUAUGUUGCUACUGUAUUAUUUAUCUCUGUUCAAGAGAUUUUCUUGCACUGCUGUUGUACACAAAGGUCCUCGGUACCGGGUAGAGCCAUGAGUAGAUUGGCCUUGCUGUGAUGAUGAAGAGGAACAAAACAUGCGCGCAUCCAGAAAACAUUAUCGAGGUGCAAGACAACAAUCACAAAACUAACUAGAGGUCAAAACGUUGCCGAGUAAAUGAUAGUUUUUGGGAGCGUUUCGGUGUAUUUCAGUGUGCAGACCUUAAUCCUUUAUUCUUGUUGUGACGAUGAACAUCAUGAAGAUCACAUGACCACUAAUUUGACAUUAAUGCUGUCAUGUUCGUAGUAAGGUUGUUUUUUUUUUUACUGUUAAUGAGACUCCAGGCUCCUCUUCCAUCUGCCCCACAUGUUCCUCUGAUUAUGUCCCCGCACCGUAAUUCAAUUCUGGUUCCCCCAAACGCCCCCCUGUAGCCAUGCCUACCGGGCGGGAGUGCCGAGGCGGAGCGGACUCGUGUCGUCUGUGUACUGCUACGUUUCUGUAUUCCGGCCUUCAUUCUCCCGCCAGGAAAAAAAACAUCCGAGAGGGAAGUCUUAAAACCAGACAAACCCUCCUAGAUCAACGGGCAUGAAUUUACAACCGAAUGGAGAAUUCAGAUCAAAUCUGGUUUGACUCUGUUAGGACUGACGGUACAGCACAACCCUCACCUAUGGUCAGGAGCUUUGGGUAGUGACCGGAAGGGUGAGAUGGCGGUUACAAGCGGCUGAAAUGAGUUUCCUCCGUAGGGAGUCAGGGCUCAGCCUUAGAGAUAGGGUGAGGAGCUCGGACAUCCGGAGGGAGCUCGGAGUAGAGCCGCUGCUCCUUCGCAUCGAAAGGAGCCAGUUGAGGUGGUUCGGGCAUCUGAUCAGGACGCCUCCUGGGCACCUUCCUUUGGAGGUUUUCUGGGCACGUCCAACUGGGAGGAGACCCCGGGGUAGACCCAGAACUCGCUGGAGGGACUACAUGUCCAGUCUGGCCUGGGAACGUCUUGGGAUCCCCCAGGAGGAGCUGGAGGGUGUUGCUGGGGAGAGGGAUGUCUGGAGUGUCCUACUUAGCUUGCUGCCACCCCGACCCGACCCCGGAGAAGCGGCUGAUGAUGAAUGAAUGGUACAGUACCCCUCUUCUCUCAGACCGCAGGGCUGUUUUGCUUUUAUUUGUUGGUCGGAGUAUUGGGUCAUUCAUCAGGAGGGUCGCCGGGCUACAGGAAUGUCGGGACGACGAGUGGCGAGUCCGAACUCUGAAGCGAUGCUUCCUCUCGGUUUCACCUCGGGUGCUUCUUCAUGACCAGGUUCAAGUGAAAGCUAGUGAGGUGAAGCACAGAGGAAGCCUCCAUCCCAUGCAGGAGUUCCUUCAUUUUUAUCCGCUGACUCGCUGCAGGGACCUAAUCCCGCUGACCAGAGACCCGUCACUGGACCUUUAGGAGGGACAGGCCCAGUCUAGUUUUCAGAGUAAUACGCCCAAAAUGUUGUUUUUCAGAUAAAGACGCCUCUGUUGUAUCGGUAUACUUAUUUAAUAGCUGUGUGACUUAGGUUUAAACUGGAAGACUGGGAAUAAUAAUGGUGUUUUUAGAUAUAUUAACUGGCGGUGGUGUAUGCUGUUCAUCUUUACGUCCCGUGUGGAAGGACAGAUCGUGUGACGUGAGCUGAAUUUGUUGAUGGUUGUGACGCUCCGGGAAGGGCUUUAUUCCCCUUCCAGUAUCUGUGAUGUGGCCCAUGUCGGAUACUACACAUACGGCUGAUGCUACGUUAGCUUCAAGCACGCCCCGUAGCAAACGGUAAAGCUCCCCUGUGCCUGUGUGGGGUUUUGUAACGAUUGAAUAUGAUUGUGGAGAGGUAGAACAUGUCUUCUACCUUGUCUUAAUAAAUCCUUCUGCUUGAGUCG